GUGUGUGUGUCAGACACUUUUUACUUUCACUUCCUCCCGUGUUGUGACACAGAUACGUCUCCUCCAGGUUAAACUUUUGGGAUAAAAGAUGGCAACGCCUCAAGAGGUCGUCUUAAGAACUUUAGAAGACUUGGGAGCAGAGGACUUUCAAACAUUUCAGUGGUACCUACAGCUGAAUGGGUGGCUUGAAGGCUUCCCAGCAAUCGCAAAGAGCAAAUUGGAGAAUGUAAACAGGGUGAAGACAGUGGACCUGAUGUUCUCGACCUACAGUAUGAACACCAUUAAUGUGACCAGAAUAGUUUUAGUGAAAAUGAAUCAGAAUGAUCUAGUGAAGAAUUUAUCAAACACCAUCUCAGAACCUGCAGAUAUUCUUGUUGAAUGCCAGCGAAACAUCAAAUCCAAGUCAAAAAAGAAGUUCCAGUGUGUGUUUGAGGGGAUUGCUAAAGCCGGAAACAAAACCUUUCUGAAUAAGAUGUUCACAAAGAUCCACAUCACAAAGGGGGGGACUGCAGAAGUAAAUGAUGAACAUGAGGUCAGACAGAUUGAAACAGCUUCCUGGAGACAAUACAGACCAGAAACAACAAUCAGAUGUGAAGACAUCUUAAAACCCCCACCUGGAAGAGAUGAACCAAUCAGAACAGUGAUGACUAUGGGAGUGGCUGGCAUCGGGAAAACAGUCUUAACACAGAAGUUCACUUUGGACUGGGCUGAAGGCAUUGCCAACCAGGACAUCCAGUUCACAUUUCCAUUCACUUUCAGGGAGCUGAAUGUGCUGAAAGAGAAAAAGUUCAGCUUGGUGGAACUUGUUCAUCGCUUCUUUAGUGAAACCAAAGAAGCAGGAAUCUGCAGGUUUGACGAGUUCCCGGUUGUGUUCAUCUUUGACGGUCUGGAUGAGUGCCGACUUCCGCUGGACUUCCUCAACACUGAGGUCCUGACUGAUGUUACAGAGUCCACCUCAGUGGGUGUGCUGCUGACAAACCUCAUUAGGGGGGAACUGCUUCCCUCUGCUCGCCUCUGGAUAACCACACGACCUGCAGCAGCCAAUCAGAUCCCUCCUGAGUGUGUUGACAUGGUGACAGAGGUCAGAGGGUUCACUGACCCCCAGAAGGAGGAGUACUUCAGGAAGAGAUUCACAGAUAAGGAUCAGGCCCGCAGAGUAAUCUCCCACAUCACAUCUCCUGCAUCACGAAGCCUCCACAUCAUGUGCCACAUCCCAGUCUUCUGCUGGAUCACUGCUACAGUUCUGGAGAAGGUGUUGGAACCCAGAGAGGGAGGAGAGCUGCCAAAGACCCUGACUGAGAUGUACAUCCACUUCCUAGUGGUUCAGUCCAAACGGAAGAAUGUAAAGUAUGAUGGAGGAGCCGAGACAGAUCCACACUGGAGUCCAGAGAGCAGGAAGAUGAUUGAGUCUCUGGGAAAACUGGCUUUUGAGCAGCUGCAGAAAGGCAACCUGAUCUUCUAUGAAUCAGACCUGACAGAGUGUGGCAUUGAUAUCACAGAAGCCUCAGUGUACUCAGGAGUGUUCACACAGAUCUUUAAAGAGGAGAGAGGACUGUACCAGGACAAGGUGUUCUGCUUCGUUCAUCUGAGUGUUCAGGAGUUUCUGGCUGCUCUUCAUGUCCAUCUGACAUUCACGAACUCUGGAGUCAACCUGCUCGCAGAAGCAGAAUCAUCCAUUUGGUUUCAACAAUGUUUCUACCAAAAUGCUGUGGACAAGGCCUUACGGAGUCCAAAUGGACAACUAGACUUGUUCCUCCGUUUCCUCCUAGGUCUGUCACUGCAGACCAAUCAAACUCUACUGCGAGGUAUGAUGACACAGACAGAAAGUAGCUCAUGGACCAAUUGGGGAACAGUUAAGUACAUCAAGGAGAAGAUUAAUGAGAAUCUGUCUGCAGAGAGAAGCAUCAAUCUGUUCCACUGUCUGAAUGAACUGGAUGAUCGUUCUCUAGUGGAGGAGAUCCAACAGUCCCUGAGUUCAGGACAUUUCUCCACAGUUAAACUGUCUCCUGCUCAGUGGUCAGCUUUGGGUUUCAUCUUAUUGUCAUCUCAAAAUGACCUGGACGUGUUUGACCUGAAGAAAUAUGGUGCUUCAGAGGAGGCUCUUCUGAGGCUGCUGCCAGUGGUCAAAGCCUCCAACAAAGCUUUACUGAGUGAUUGUAACCUGUCAGAGAGAAGCUGUGAAGCUCUGUCCUUAGUUCUCAGCUCCCAGUCCUCUAGUCUGAGAGAGCUGGACCUGAGUAACAAUGACCUGAAGGAUUCAGGAGGGGAGCUGGUGUCUGCUGGACUAAAGAGUCCAUACUGCAGACUGGAAACUCUAAGACUGAGUGGCUGUAACCUGUUAAAUAGAAGCUGUGAAGCUCUGUCCUCAGUUCUCAGCUCCAAGUCCUCUAGUCUGAGAGAGCUGGUCCUGAGUAACAAUGACCUAAAGGAUUCAGGAGUGAAGAUGGUGUAUUGUGGCCUGAAGAGUCCACACUGCAGACUAGAAACUCUCAGACUGAGUGACUGUAACCUGUCAGAGAGAAGCUGUGAAGCUCUGCCCUCAGUUCUCAGCUCCCAGUCCUCUAGUCUGAGAGAGCUGGACCUGAGUAACAACGACCUGAAGGAUUCAGGAGUGAAGAUGGUUUCUUGUGGCCUGAAGAGUCCACACUGCACACUGGAAACUCUCAGUCUGUCAGGCUGUCUGGUCACAGAGGAAAGCUGUACUUCUCUGGUCUCAGCAAUGAGCGCCAACCCCUCCCAUCUGAGGGAGCUGGACCUGAGCUACAAUCAUCCAGGAGACUCAGGAGUGAAGCUGUUGUCUGCUAGACUGGAGGAUCCACACUGGAGACUGGACACUCUCAGGGUGGACCCUAGUGGACCACAGUGGUUGAAACCAGGUCUAAGGAAGUAUGUCUGUGAACUGGAACUGGAUACAAACACAGUGAACAGAUACCUCAAACUGUCUGACAACAACAGGAAGGUGACACGUGUGAGAGAGGAUCAGUCAUAUCCUGAUCAUCCAGAGAGGUUUGACUGGUGGUCUCAGCUGCUGUGUAGAGAUGGUCUGACUGGUCGCUGUUACUGGGAGGUUGAGUGCAGAGGACUGGUUUUUGUAUCAGUGAGUUACAGAGGAAUCAGAAAGAAAGGAGACAGUAGAGACUGUUUGUUUGGAGGGAAUGAUCAGUCCUGGUGUUUGGACGGCUCAGAUAGUGGAUACUUUGUCUGGCACGAUAACAAAGAAACAUUCAUCCCAUCCUCCUCCUCCGGUAGAGUAGCAGUGUAUGUGGAUGUUCCUGCUGGCUCUCUGUCCUUCUACAGAGUCUCCUCUGACUCACUGAUCCACCUCCAUACCUUCAACACCACAUUCACUCAACCUCUUUAUCCUGGGUUUGGUGUCUGGAAACCUGGUUCCUCUGUGACUCUGUGUCCUCUGCAGGACUGAGAGUCUCUCCUGUGGACAGAAACACUGACUGAAGAUUAGCGGCUGAAAUCAAAGUUCAGUCUGUUCACCAUCACACACACUCUGCACUGAGAAGCAGAUCUGAUACUCAAACACAAAACAUUUAUUUGUCUGAGCAACAUUUUUAAACUAUAUUUUCUGAUGUUUAAUCAAAUCUUUACUUUCCAUCUUGAGGUCAAUCAUUUUUUUUUAUUUGAUCACUUGUAUGAUUUCUGUCAUCAGUUGACUCUCUUUACUGAGUUUCAACACAUUUCAAUCAAGAGAGACUUUGUUACAGAUAUGCAAAGAUUAAUUGUGCAUAAUAUGAAAUGUACAGAGUCUUUGGAGAUUAGACUCCAUCGUUAUAAAAUACUUUUUGAAAGGAGUAGAGAAGCCAAGACAUAUUCCCCCGAUGGAGUCUAGACGCUGGUGGCAGCGGCAAAGGAGCCCGAAGACCAGACUGAAGGAGUCGACAAAGCAUUCUGCUAGAGGAAGACCCAGGGUGCCGCGUGUGAUGGUGACUGGAGGUGGAAGGGGAGGAGGAGGGUUGCACGCUUUGCCUGAAAUGACAGCUGGCAGCAGCAGAGAGAGAAACUGAUUUAAAGCAGGAUGUACUGCUGUGAUGGGAUCAUGAAUUUUCGUGGCCAAUUCUGGUUGGUUUACAGAAAAGUGAACGCCUCUAAACUGCUGAAUAGGUUUAGUAAGAAAGAGCAGUGAUUUAAGUUAUUAGAAUUCUUCCUGAAAGAAUUUGCGUUUAGCUUCAUUAGACCUCAUCAGGAGCUCCUGUGAUGCUGUUAGGCAGGAUGUGUGUUCAAAGAGCUUUGCUAAAUGCUAAUUCCAGUAUGUUAUAGGCCGCAUUAUGGUGACCUUCACACUGACACAGGAAGCUGUUUAUGUUUAAAUCUGCAGACAUUUUUAUGCUAAGCUUCCAUGUAGGAAAAUUAGUAUCAGUAUUGUUGUGGAAAUAUUAGUAUCAGUAUUGCUUGACAUUUAAAUUUGGUGUGCUUAUUGCAAGAGUUGUGUGCAGUCAUAGAGAAAGUGGUUACAAGUUCCAGGCAGGGUACACUUGCAUCCCCUGUACAAGGAUUAGACUCUGAGUGAGACUCUAUAGUGUUGUUCACCAGACAGACUAGCAGAAAAGCAGGAACCGAAUGUUAUUGUGUUCGUCAGACCGUAAGAGGCAGUCACACCACACUGACCCCCACCCUUGUGUGUGUGUAUGUGACAACAGAAGGAUCUGCCCCGAGACAGGACGAGGACACCCCAUCAAGGAAGAGGAUAAAGGUUGAGGGACAUUGCAGGGCGGGGCUCACAAACAACAAGAGACUUUGUUUUAACUGAGCUCCGAACACUUGUGUCUGAAGCAAGGGAAACUUAGUGUCAUUUGUGAACCCACAUAUGUGUUGUAAGACUUAACUGCUGGACUUAGUUAACUUUUCCUGACUUGAAUCUAUCGUCUCAGAUUUGAUCUUUGAGUUCUGGUGUCAUAAAUCCCAAUCAACAGACGCGCAGGAAUUAGUGUUGUUAGAGUAAUUGGAGUCAGAUACUUAGGCCUUCAGGCCUUCUUGUCUUGUCAUGGUCUAUAUUGCCUUCAACCAUUGACUGCUGAUUUUUUCUUUUCUAAUUCAACUGUUGCUCAGAGGGAUGUUUGUCUCUUUCUGCCCUUUCAUUAGCCUGGAAAUCUAGACCCAAAAGAUUAAGGAUCUGAGUAUAAGUCUUACCUACUGCACCUUUAACUUUAAGACCGGUUAUUAUUGUGAGGAGCAUAGUUCACAAAAAUUUCUGACAGGAUUAAUAAUGACAUCAAUUGUGGAGACAUAUAUGUUGUGUCAAUGCUUUUUUGUUUCACACUUUUCCUGCUUUUUUGUUGUUUCUUUUACCGACAACACAUUUUUUAUGUUUUUUUAAUUGAUGCCGGGUUUUUUUAGGCUUUUUGGAUUUCUUUUAUGCUUUUAAAAUUUUUUGUUUGAACGCUUUUGUACCGCUUUCAACACUUUUGAUACUGUUUUGAUGCUGUUUUGCAAAAAGAAUUACAGUUUUUUGGAUACUUUUUGCUGCUUAGCCUACAAUGCUUUUUCAAUUUAAAAUACAAGUCAAAACAGAUGAGAGUUUUUGUUCAGUUGUUACAGAAUAAAGUGUAACAGAUUCACAACAGCAACCCUGUUAAGAAAAGUGCUACAGAAAUAUUAUUCUAACAGCUGCACCGUUUAGCAGCAGACGCAUGUAACGUGUAAUGUGUGUGUGUGUGUGUGUGUGUGUGUGUGUGUGUGUGUGUGUGUGUGUGUGUGUGUGUGUGUGUGUGUGUGUGUGUGUGUGUGUGUGUGUGUAUGUGUAUGUGUCAGCAGCUUUUUACUUUAACUUCCUCCUGUGUUGUGAUGCAGAUAAGUUUCCUCCGGGUUAAACUUUUGGUAAGGGACACUUUUCAGCUGAUUUCUGAUCUGUUAGUUUCAUCAAACUGUGAAAAUGUGUUUGUGUGUCAAUGACUUUUUUCUGUUUUAACAGUUAGCUGCUAGCCACCGUGUUCUGGAUCACCAGCUAAACAAGAGCGAACCAUGCUAAACGUCAUGAAGCUGAUUCAGUACAAUAACUUUAAUGUACUUCUGCUCAUGAAAGAAUCCGAAUCACUUUAUCUUCAUUCUGUACUGCAGUAAAACUACCAAAACAUGUUGUCAAAGUACUGUAAGUACAAGUUAAAGUUCUGCUUUGAAGAUUUUACUGAGGUAAAAGGAUUAUCGGCUAAAUGUACUUAAAGAAUCAUAAUAAAAGUACACAGAUAUUGGCUAAAUGUACUUAAAGUAGGCUAUCAAAAGUAAGUGGAUCACCGGCUGCACAAACAAUAGGAGCUAACACUGCUAACCAUGCUAACCGUUUUGGAGCUGAUUUAGUACAAUAACUCAAAUGUAGCUCUGCUGACAAAUACUUGAGUAUUAUGAGCUAACUGUACUUUAAGUAUCAGAGUAAACGUACACAAGUAAUAUAAGUUCUCCUGUGCUGGUUUCUGAAAUGAGUAAUUCAUAAUAAUAUAUCCUCUCCUGUUUGUACUUUACGGUUGUUGGAGUCGUGUUAAGUUACUGUUGAUGAAACCCCAACAUUUCCUGAUAUUGCAGCUUCAAAAUAAAAGCUUUUAUACCACAAAA